GAAGCGCGGGUGGGCUGGGCGGUCCUCGGGGACGCGGCCCAUGAAGGUCUCGUGGCGGCCUCCGUGCCCAAGACCUCCCAGGUGGACGCCGGGAGAGGUGAGGGUGGAUCUGCACAGACUGGGUAUGAGGAUUUCUGGCAUGUGACUCAAUCCUCAUUUCUCCCAGCUCCCUAUUCUGCCCUCUUUGGAAUCUGCUGGCCCUGAGUGAUCUGUGAAGAGAGGAGAAAAUGGCCCCCAGGUUCCUGGCAGCAAGACCCCCACUGGUGACAUUCAAGGAUGUGGCUGUGGACUUUGCCCAAGAGGAGUGGGAACAUCUGGACGCUUCUCAGAGUCACCUGUACGGAGAAGUGAUGUUGGAGAACUAUGAGAAUCUCAUCUCCUUGGGGCAUCUGCUGUCCAAACCAGAAAUGAUUUUCUAUUUUGAACAAGAAGAUGGUGUAUGGAUGGAGGAAGAAAUGCCAAGAAGCUCCUAUUCAGGUGAGAACCAGUCAGCCAGGAGUAAAUGCCAUCAGUAACCCACGAAUCCAUGAAGGGAUGGGUAGCAAUUUUAAAAAUACAUCUUGUUUGACUUUUUAUGCUUUUCAU